GGAAACCAUUAGCUCCAAUGUCGAUUCUGUCUCGUGUAUACAACGUGUAAUGCAUGGUGAAAGUGAAUAAUUACAUCAUGUUUAAAUUGCACGUGCUUCUGAUUGGAAUCAGCUGUUUAGGAGUUCUGGGAGCACCCACAAUGCCCUACAACCCUGCAAUGUAUGAGGGUUUAAACAUCCCUGUCUACAAUCCAAACGCCAUUCCCUUUGUCAACUACAACCCGAUGAAUGAACAAAAACCGAGGCCGUUCUCCGAGUUUAAAGACAUCACUACAUCAGCUCAGCAGUUUCUCAACAUGAAAUCCCUCGCUUACUCGGGAAAUCUUCAACAAAACAUGGUAACACCUUCUCCAUUUGACAUGAACGGAGCAAAGUUUAAUCCAAACAACGGGAAUUUCAUGAGAGGAUUCGAUCCCAACAGCUUUGCAAGUAAAGUGCAGCCAUUCCAAGAGGUACUGGUCACGGAAUCACCGGCUGGACACAACUGGAAUGGCGGAUGGCCAGGAAAAAAAGUGUCCAAACCCAGCAAGGAAACCGUGGUGGAAAAGGGAGACGACUUCGGAAACAGCAAGGAUGACAAGAUUGUCAGUAUCUCGGCUAAGUCUUGGGAUGGGAGCUGGCCAGGAGGGGAUGUUCAAGAAUUUUCAUCACAAGCUACAGACUCGUGGAACGCAGCAGUAGGAACUAAACAAAACAACAAAUGGCAAGACAAGUCAGGAGAUUUCUCCAAUAAAGCAACAGAUUCCUGGAACAAGGCACUCAAUAAUGGAGAAAAUCAAGAUACCAAAAACAGUAAGCAGGAAGAUGUCGAUGAGAUUAUUCAGAGUCUAAUGGCAGCUCUAGAAAAAUUACAGUCUUGAUGUGAAUCAGCAAUGACUCUCAGCAGAACACUCUCAAUAAAGAGACUGUAAAUACA